AUGCAAUCCGUCUCCCGGCUUUUUUUGCUUGCGUUCGCUUCAUUGCCCCUCGCCUUUGGUCAGCUCGAGACCAUAGGCGUGGUAACCUCUGGUGUUACCCCGACUAGUACCGCAUCAUCGACGGUUUUGGCCUCUUCUUCAUUGGCAACCUCGAACUCGUCAAUCUCGACGCCGCUCACUACGCCAGCGCCCAAUGCCACUACCACUACUACUGGGAACCCGCUGGUCCUCACCACGAUCUUUACCCAACCUUCGGGAUGUAGCGGUGGGAUGACCGAGGUGGCAUCGUGGGGGACCGAGCUGUGGCAGAACAUUGUCAACCCAGUCCCCACGUUGACCUUGUCAUCCUGCUAUCCCAGCCAGUUCUACUAUAGCGCCGUGGCUACUGAGGUGUUGCCCCCAUACAUCCAGCUGGUCUGCCCCGAAAACUGGGAGACGUACAACGUCACCGAGACAUACAUCAUUUGCUGCCCUGGAGGGUAUGGGCUGUACGCCCCCAACUAUCAGAACACGACCCGUCCUGGGCUGGGUGCCGUGUGCACUUCCGUCAUCGGGGCCGAUGUGUUGAUGGAUGUCACCAGCUACAACUCCACGGCGUUUGCAACUGUCAUCCCGACGAUCGCUGGUGUGAAUGGAACCAUGGUGUUUGCGACUGCGUUUGAUGGAACGGCGGCGACUUCGGUGGUCACUUCGACUUCCACUUCUGCCACUUCCACUGUCCCAUCCACCACCAGCACUAUUACUCUCACCACUCUCUCUGAUACCUCUUCUACUACGUCUUCUACUUCUGUUGCCUCCGUCACCUCGACCCCCUCCACUACCUCUACCACUUCCACCACCGGAACUGCUAGCCUGACAGCGAUUUCCCAGCUCCCCAGUUGUGGCCAAACCUGUUUCGAUAACAUGCUGGCCGAAUACGAGACCCUCGGAUGUACCACUUCGGACCCCUCCUGCCUCUGCCGGAACAUCAACUUCUACUAUGGCAUCCGGGACUGCUCGAAUGCCGCCUGUAGCACGGAUAACGCCACCACCGUGCUUGACUUCGAAAGCACUUACUGUGCUUCGGCCAUUGCGGCGCAGACCACCUAUCCCGUCACUACCUCAACCGCGGCUGCUGCAACCCCGACAGCCCUUUCCGAUCUGUCGACAUGCGGCCAAACUUGCUUUGACAACAUGCUGGCCGAAUACGCCACCCUCGGAUGUACCAGUGAAACGGACACCGCGUGUCUUUGUGAGAACAUUGACUUCUACUAUGGCCUUCGCGACUGCUCGGGUCAGGCCUGUGGCAGUGAUGAGGCCGCCACCGUGGUCGCCUACGAGAGCUAUUACUGUGCUCAGGCCUCGGCCACGGCCGUCAGCAGCUGA